AUGCAUUUCAAUUCCGAACUCGACUGCGAAAUUCCAUCGCUGGACCUCCUGACCCUCGUAUUCGAGUCACCUUAUUCCUGGGCAAAAGAGGAUACGGUGAUCCACGCUGAAGCCGGAAACGAGGCAAACUCCCUCACCAAAUCACAAUCCGCUACGCUCGUCCGUCGCCUAGGUUAUGUACUGCGUACUCAUCUAAGAAUUGGGAAGACGGGAGCGGGUAAAGAUGUGGUGACUUGUAUCUGCUCCAACAAUCUCCUGAAUCCAAUCGUGUUCUUUGCAGUCAUCAGCGCUGGUGGUGUCUAUUCCGCUGCAUCUACGGCGUUGACAGUGGCAGAACUGGCCUGGCAGAUCCAGUCAAGCAAAAGCCAUAUGAUCAUCGCAACCGAUGACAUGGCUGGCGCUGCUGUAGAGGCAGCACAAAAGGCUCACAUAUCCCCGGAAAGGGUCUUGAUUCUUGAUAGUAUGAGCCUUGGUCGAAGCUUGAGUCCUUCCACAUACCGGAGCUGCAACUACCUGACGGAAACAAGGGAGCUUCCAUGGGAGAAAAUCGCCGAUACCCAAAUUCUGGAGACUAGGGUAGUUGCCUUGCUCUACUCCAGCGGUACCACUGGGGUGCCCAAAGGUGUACGCCUCUCGCAUAAGAAUUUUGUGGCAGAAGCCAUUAUAACCCAGGCAGCCAUCGGGACCUAUCUCAGUCGCACAAACCAAAAGCUCAAUGUCGAAUUCGAAUAUCGCACGCUCGCGCACCUUCCAGUCGCCCACAUCUCUGGACUGCAAGGAUACUUCAUCAACGGGACUAUGUCGGGAGGUACCGUAUUCUGGAUGCCCAAGUUUAUCUUCGACGACUUUGUCUAUGCGGCCAAAAGACAUCGGCCAACUUUCAUUAGUACAGUGCCAUCGGUCUACUUGCGCAUUGCGAAAAGCCCGUCUGUCAGCGUCGAAUUCCAUAGCCUUCGACAUGCCCAGUCCGGCGCUGCGCCCAUGGGCCCGGAGCUACAGAAGUUGGCUGAGUCGAAGCUCAAGUGCAAAGUUAGCCAAGCGUGGGGGCUGACGGAGACAACAGGAGCUGUCACUUGGCUCCCCUGGGACUGUGAGGACAGCACUGGGAGUAUUGGUACGUUGUUGCCAAAUACACGCAUAAAGAUCGUCAAUGAUGAUGGAUGUGCUGUCCCUGACGGCCACCGCGGUGAGAUUCUGGUGAAAGGCCCUAAUGUGACCAUGGGAGAUAUUGGGGAACGCAGGGAUAGAAAGUUUUAUGUUGUUGAUCGGAAGAAAGAAUUGAUCAAAUACAAGGGUCUACAGGUAGCCCCUGCUGAGAUCGAAGCCCUUCUCAUUGGGCAUAAUAAGAUCCUCGACGCCGCAGUGAUCGGUAUCGCGGAUCCUGCUAUUCCGGGUAAUGAAAUCCCACGGGCAUUCGUUGUCCGCAAGACAGAGCAGAGCCCGGUAACAGAGGAAGAGGUCAAACAGUAUGUCACUGCCAAUCUAGCUGCUCAUAAACAAUUACGUGGCGGUGUCGCUUUCAUUGAACAGGUUCCGCGCAACCUGUCAGGGAAGAUCCUCAGGCGGAAGUUGGCAGAGAAGCCCGAACCGCAGCGACCCGUUAAGCUGUGA